UUUUGGUGAUGGAUGUGGUAGCUGUGAAGUUUGGCAGUGGUGGUGGCGGUGUUUCAGUGCUUUUCUGACGCCAACAAAAUUGACGUUGUCCACUUUCGGGUGCAACGUCGCAAUGAUGAACCUCUGGCCGAGCAACCGCUACGGCAACGGCCUCUUAUUCGCCGGCUUUAAUCAGGACCAAGGAUGCUUUGCGUGCGGCAUGGAGAACGGAUUCAGGGUCUACAACUGCGAUCCUCUCAAAGAGAAGGAGAAACAGGCAGACUUUGCAGAUGGAGGCAUCGGCAUUGUGGAAAUGCUGUUCCGCUGCAACUAUCUCGCUCUGGUCGGAGGAGGGUGCAAGCCGAGGUAUCCUCCCAACAAAGUGAUGGUGUGGGAUGACCUUAAAAAGUUGCAUGUUAUUGAGCUGGAGUUCACAAGUGACGUCAAAGCAGUCAGGCUGCGACGGGACAGGAUUGUGGUUGUUCUGGAGUCUGUGAUCAAGGUGUACACCUUCACCCAGAAUCCACAGCAGCUACAUGUCUUUGAGACCUGUCCCAAUGAUAAAGGCCUUUGCGUGCUGUGUCCAAACAGUAACAACAGCCUACUGGCAUUCCCCGGCCGACACACGGGCCAUGUGCAAAUUGUGGACCUCGGCAAGACCGAGAAAUCGCCGCUGGACAUCGAAGCUCACGAGGCACCCCUUAGUUGUAUCGCGCUCAACCUCAGCGGAACGCACCUGGCGACAGCCUCCGAAAAGGGUACGCUAAUACGGGUGUUCGACACGGCCUCAGGAAACCUCAUGAACGAGCUUCGCCGUGGCACUAACACAGCCAGCAUCUACUGCAUCAACUUCAACUUGGACUCGUCACUGAUGUGCGUCUCCAGUGACCAUGGUACCGUGCACAUCUUUGUGGUUGAAGAUUCUACGAGGAGAAACAAGCAGUCGAGCUGGGCGUCGGCCAGUUUCCUACCCAAGUACUUCAGCUCCAAGUGGAGCUUUGGAAAAUUCCAGGUGCCCGGGGGCGCCCACUGCAUCUGUGCCUUUGGGGCAGACCAGAACUCUGUCAUUGCCAUCUGCGCCGAUGGCAGUUACUACAAGUUCGUGUUCAAUGCCAAGGGCGAAUGUACGAGAGAUGUGUAUGCGCAAUUCCUCGACAUGUCGGACGACAACGGCCGCUCUUAACAACACCGUUUUGAGCAGCCCCCCGUCCUGUGCGCAGAACGGCGCGAUCCACAAGAGUGGCCAAAAAUGGUGACCUACAAGUGACUGAUCGUCGAAUGGGCCCCGUCGGCCCAUUCACACCUCGAGUGAUGCAACACCAUGCGCAGUGACUAAAAUCACCACGGCAAGCCUGCGUCGUUACAACGGUGCCUCAGUGUAUGCUUGUGAUAUAGCCUGUCAACGCUUAGUGUCUAUGGUGUUCAAAAGACUUCAGUGUUGUUGUUUUUUUUGCUCUUUUUCUUGGAAGGAACAGCGUUUUCAACCAAGCAGGCUGAAUUGUAGAGACUGCAGCAUUCCAUUUAGCCGCAGCUGUUUCACCAAAGCCUGUUCCACCGCAUGCGGUGAAUGAUGUGAACCUGUUUUCUGCAUAGUUUCGGGUUUUCCUUGUUUCUGAUAGAGCUGACAAGUGCUCUUUCUGGUGUGAUGACCAAUUGUCUGUCGCACUGUGGACACUGAGCAGCCUGGGCUCGCUGCAUAUCCGGUUUGUUGUGUUUGGUUCAAGCAGAAUCUUGUGCAACUGUUAUCAUAGCAUCUAAACUUGCUUCAUCUUAUCUUGUUUGUACCAAUGUUUUUGUCGCACUGUGACCGGCGAAUGACUUCAACCUUUUGUUCAAAUUAUUUGUGGAGUUAUGUUUCAGGUCGGAUUUCUUGCUUUUAUCAUUGUAGAUGACGAAUUUGUCUUUUUAUUUCACAUCCGCAGAGCUUUUUGCUAUGAUGCGAGUAUGCGGUAUGUUUCGAAUGGCCCUACGAGAAACUGUGCCGUAACAGGUAUGCAGGGCUGUUCAUACCUCUGAUAAUAGGUUAGGUCUGUUGUUUUAAAAUUGCUGUGCAGCGACCUAUUGUUGUGCAGAGUUUGCUGCACCAUUUUUCUUAGGAUGUCGUGACUGUGCAUUUCUUUACCAUGAAUGACCGUGAAAUUUAAAGCAAUUUACUUGUUGCACUUUUUAAGCUGUAGAGGGGUAUGUUUGAUUCUCGGCUAGACAUUUGCUGAACUGUUGAAUUUUGAAUUCUUUGCUGCUUAUUGCUCGGUAAACAGGCGUCUACAUUUGCCCUGCGAAUGCUCUUAAACGGUUACCAGUACGAGACGUUUAUAAUGUUACAUUAUCUGGUUGUGAAGUUAUAAAUGAGAAAGGACUGCCAACCGACAGUUGUCAGAGGCGGUAUUCUUGAGCAAUCACUUUCGGACACAUUUUCACUUUCGCGAGAUUUCACGUGACUAAUGCCAGACAUGUUUGGUGUCUACGAGCAACAGCGUUCUUGUUAUUGUACCAAUAGUGCUAAGACAGCGUGCCUGACUUUGUGCCAGGAGAGGUGUCGCUCGUCGAUGCUUACUCGUCCAACACUUGUCAUGCGACAUCUCGCAAAAAUGAAAGCAUCUCCGAAAGUGACCGCCUGGGAACGCACUGCCCCAGUUGUGGGAAUGAUAACAGUUAACAGCAACAUGGCUCAUGUAGCAAGUCUGGGUGGCUUAUUUUUGUCCGUUGUUAUUUAACAUCCGCCAGUGCUGCAGAUCACAGUAGAUAAUUAUUCAUAAGUAUGUGGGGAAAGACUGACAGUCUUGUAUAUUGAAAGAGCUGCACAUUGUCUUAUCUUGCUCGAUAUAAAAUGCAGCUCACAUUUCCUCCUUGGACAAGCUCACAGUCUGCCAACAUGUCAGCCUCUUGCAAUUUCUGCUAGACAGCAAUUUGAAUCAAAUGUAUGGAGCACAGGUGCUGAAGUUUGAAGAUGGCCUACUGCUGGAUAUUGCGAGAGAGCUUCCGCAUCACAAUUUAGGCAGUCAUUUUGUUCAGCCACUAAAUCAUUUUCAGCAUAAGCAGUUUGCAGCAUUAUUGUUGUACCUCAUACCUAAUGGAAGAUCACUGAUGAAUCCCGGCGUAAGCAGCUCCUCCAGGUAAACCACUAGCCCGUUUGCACUCAAAUUUCUGUUGUGCAUCACAGCACACAGCAUUAUUUCGGAUUUAUUCUGGAUAAAACAAGCAAACACUUCACACAAACAUUGUAUAGCAAUGAAAUGUUUUGCAGAUAUGAGUUUUCGUGCGAAACUUGAGUGAUGACAAACUAGCAGUUUAACAAGGAGAGUCGUAUACUAUACCGGGCUGCUUUGGUGCAGCAAGAUUGAUUAAAUGUCACACUACUACCAAAAACUGCUUAAAAGAUGUCUUCUGAAUCCACCGUGACACAGAAGAGCAUUUAAGUCAUGCCGAAACGUAGUGCAUUGUAGUUAAUGCGUUCUGUCUAGAUCUUUUUCUAAAUUAGCAUCACCCAGAAAUUUGGAUCAACUCUGAUAAUAUCAGAUUUGACUGUAUUUUAUUCUAGUAUGUUGAACAUGCAGUCAGAGCUUCAGGUCUUGCACGUUCUCGUUAGCAAACCAUUGUUCCGUUCUUGGUUACAUUCAUGUUGAGAUUGUACUGCAUUGUGAAAAGACGCAUGGUCGGAUUGCAUUUGCCAUGUAGCUUAAGCCAGUUGCUAGAUUUUCUGGUCUGUUGUAAUAUAGCAGAACUUUGAUCAUUGUUCUCGAUCUUUUUUUUUUGUGUGUGUGUGUGUGAGUGAUCCCGUUUCACGCUUGCAGAGCAACUAUGCAAGUUGUUUCCAUGGAGAAUUCUUUCAUGUUUGCAGGCCUUUGCUCCAUUCUUGGUGACAUUGUUGUUUGUUGGGGAUCACAUCAGUAAGAAGCAAGUUCUCAUCAUACAUUAGUAUGUGUGUGGUUUGCCUGACUGCUGGAAUAGCCUGGUGCACUGCGAGAUUCAAUGAUUUUGAUUCAUGUUCUUAUUUCGUUUUCUUUUAUUCCAUGAGAUUAGUUCUGUUUGUUGAUUGCAAAAUAAGUCCACUGUUUUGGCAUUGCAUAUAGUUCCGGUGUAACCCUCAUUCAUUAUUGCAGGCCACAGAACUACUCUCAGUGACGGUGUUACAGUUUAAUCACACUUCAAAAAAUAUUUUUUGACUGUAUUCAAUGUGAAAUUCAAGCAGUUGCUGUGACAUCGGAACUCAUUAUAACAGGCUCAGCCAACAUGAAAAUAUCUUUUAAAUUCGGUAUUCAUUAGAAACAUAAUGCUGAUAUCAUCGAAAAAUGCACAAUUUUUUUACUUUGUUAUAUCCGAUAAUUUGUUAUAUUGAGGUAUUACUAUUGUUUUCUCCACACCAGGACAGAUACCUUGGCUCCCAUAUUCACUUAUUCUUUGCUGUAUGAGCGAUUCUCUUUGAUUCUGUCUGAACGACCACGGCCAUGUUACAUUGCCAAGAGCAGCUUCUCUCGGCGAUGGGAUUAAGGGUGUGAAUGCUUAUGAUGUGCAUAUAGCAUUGCCACAACUUUGUAUGUCCACAGUUGAAUGCUUCACGUGUUAGAGGUAACACCGCUUGGUUUUCUUCUUAGUUUUGUGUAUGUGUUUUAGCUUGCCGUGGUGCAAGAGAAGAAUCUACGUCACAUGUUGGUUUUGCAGUUUUCUACUUUUGAACAAUUUUUUGUGCAAGUACUUUUUCGAAGGUGCCCUCUCAAGAAUAGACAAAUGGCAAACGUGCAGGGUGUUGUGGCAGUUUAGUGACUUUUCAUUACUGUUUCUUGUAUGCAUUGAAAAGCCAUGUUCCUUUUGUUACCACUGUACCUUGAGGAAAUACAUAUAUUUAUGGACAAA